AUGUCAACAAUACUACAAUCUGCAGAACAAGGAACAGCUGGGGUUGUAAUCUGGGGAGUCCACCAUUCUGAGGCCACCAAGACUGACUGCAUUGAAAUAAAGAACUACAUUGACAAUUUUCUGGGACCUCUUGUUAAAAGCAUCACCGCUAUAGCGCAGAAUUGCGGUCAGGAGUUUUGCAAUUUACAUGGAAGGUGUAAAUUUCAGUUAAAUCCUGAUUUAUAUUUGAAAGCGUCAAGUCUUGAGGUUAACCUAGAUUUUUUGUCUGAUCAAUGGAAAUUUUUGAGCUGUCGUUGCUAUAGUGGAUGGAGUGGAGAAGACUGCAGGCACCACCUUUAA